AUGUCUUCAUCAAAACCCGCCCCAAUUGCCAUCGUCGGGGGUGGACCUUGUGGCCUUACAUUAGCACGUCUUCUAGAGCGAGCCGGAAUAGACUACGUCGUUUUCGAACGCGAUGUAUCGCCACAGGGGACGGCCAGGUUCCAGGGCGGGACACUAGAUCUCUCUGCUGAGGGUGGGCAAGCGGCACUAAAUGCCGCAGGCUUAUCAGCUGAAUUCGAAAAGUUGGCACGAUACGAGUCAUCAACCAUCUUUAUACAAGACUGGCAAGGGAAGAAUCAACUAUCCGAGGGCGGCGGGGAAAGCGAUAGACCUGAGAUUGAUCGCUUGCAGCUGCGUCAGAUUUUGCUAGAUUCUAUUCCUGCGCAUCGUGUUCGAUGGAACAAGUCCCUGAGCAGUGUUGAGCGUAUAAACGCGAAGAAAACCCAAACCCAAAGCAAAUCCUCGUCUCCUGCAGAUUGGUUGCUGCACUUCAACGAUGGUUCUACUGAAAGUGGGUUCCGGCUUAUCGUGGGCUCUGACGGAGGAUGGAGCAAGCUGCGACAGUUGAUCACUUCUGCAAAGCCGCAGUACUCAGGUAAAAUGUUCAUCGAAGGUUGUAUCUCUCUGGAUAACCCAGAAUGGGACGCGGCGUUCAAGAUGGUCGGUGCCGGAAACUCGAUCGCUAUGGGAAAUGGCCUAUCACUCGCCGUUCAACAAAUGUCAGAUCGCUCGUACCGUGUGUACAUGGGCGUUGAGGCUUCUCCAGAAUUCACACGACCUGGCGGAGAUGCGGACGUGAAUGAUAUGCCGAAAGCUCGGGAGACGAUCAACAGACUAUACUCAAACUGGGCUCCGCAUCUCCGUGGCUUUGUCGCAGGUGCCGAGGGACCCUGGAGACCCUGGCUUCUUCACCGAAUGAAUCAGGAGAUCUACUUGCCCGACGCUCUUCGAAAUGAUGGCAAGGUAGAUGAGAAGUCUUGGACACGUACACCGGGUGUUGUGCUGCUUGGAGAUGCGGCACAUGUGACGACACCUAAUGGCGAGGGCGUCAACGAUGCUAUGAAUGAUGCUAAGUUGUUAUUUGAGCAUAUUACUGCCGAGUUAGCCAACGAUGCUGGUCAGGUAUAUGAUGCGGAGAUUGAUUCCGCUACCUUGGAGCGAGCUAUUGUUGCAUACGAGGGGCAAAUGCGACCUCACGCAUACGAGAUGAUUCAAGACAGUAUCAAUUUUGAAGAUAUGAUGUACAAAGAGGAUGGUCCCCAAAGGAUGCAGGUUUUGUUCCAUUCGAAGGAGGAACAAAAUGAGGCUUCAAAGAAGCAUUGA